AUGGACCAAAAUCGUCCACCCAGCGGUGAGAAUACUCCCGCUUCCAGCCGGCCAAUCCCGGCUUCCAGCUCUGAAGCCGGAGCUACCAGCUCUCCUCGAGUAGCUUCCAGCGCCCCACCCUCCGUGGUCGGCGCUCCUAGCACGCCCUUCUGGGAAGCUAUGUUUAGCCCCGAUUCCGGGGUGGUGUUUUCUCAACGAGGUAGCCUUAUCUCGUCAACACCAACCCAGCCAGCUGUCCGGAGAAACCCGUUUGACGGCUCUGUCUACCGUGACGCUGGCUUCGUUGCUCAAAGCAACACGAGUUUCGGAGUACCACCUGCUCCGCCUCCAACUCCCGUUGCUCAACAGCAACUAGCGCCGAGCACGUCCUUCGUAAACACUACGAAUCUCGUAAGUUUUACGGAAACGCCGAGCGCUGAGGCAGACCUGCUCGACAUUUUCGGAAACGAGAAUUUUCGUGCUCGUUCGUCUGCCAGCACUGUCGCCGACGACGCGACUAUAUAUUGGAGCGCGACGAGCUCGAUAGCUCAGUCUCCGCCACGCAGCGGAGACGAACGGUUGUCUUUACAAGACGGCCUUCCAGCUUCGUUUAAUCGAGCUCCCGGCGCGAACAGAGUUCGGCCUCCCCCCGGAUUCCCUCCGCUCGACCCUAGUGGUCAUCAGCAGCCGUUACCAGCUGCUAUGGCUGUCGUAGGACAGCCGUCUCCAGCAGCUUUGUCUGCUCCGUUACCGGUGACACCAGCAGCAUUGUCUGCCCCGCUACCGGUGACACCACCACCGGCAAUCGCCCUCCCUCAUCGAGGCCGGCGAAUGCCAGUAUUACCCCCACUCAACGAGGGUAAUAUUAAGCUGUGGCUUACACAGGUUGAAAUGAUGGCUCAUGACGUCGGCCUGGUCGACGAUAAAGCCACAUUUUAUGCUGUAGCCUCUCGGCUUCCAGAGCGAGCUGCGAAUGCAGCCGCUGACAUCCUUCAAGAUGCCAGCCGACAUUCGUGGGCUUUACUGAGACAACGGCUGGAGAAAGACUUUAGCAAAACGUCUCACCAGGCAAUGCACGACUUCCUGUCCAAUACCAAGCGGGAGAAGGGAGAGCGGCCUACCGCUUUCCUUCGCCGGCUCCGUAUUGCCAGCGAAAACAAAGCUACGGAUCCAAUCCUUCUCAGCUUUGUGUUGGCAUCGUUGCCUACCAGCCUACAGCAAACGCUACAGGCUGCUCGUGUGCAGACUCCACAAGAUGCGGCGGAAGCCGCAGAUGAAGCUCUGUCUAACGAGCUCUCGUCAACGGUAGCGGCCGCAUCCGUGUCCGCUACUGCGACUUCAGCGAUCGACGCUAAGCUGGAUAAGCUCACCGCGCUUAUGGGAAAAUUUUUUUCAUCGAAUUCCGUUAGCGCUGUCUCCGGACAGCAACGGCAAUCUCGCCAGCGCAGUCGAGCUAACAGCGAAGAACGUCCUUCUUCGAAGCGGGAAGACACUCCUGGUCGACCACGCUCGCGAUCUCGAUCGCUCU